CUGGCGUGUGGCAUGGCGAAGAGCAAGCGCAAGAAGAGAGAGAAGGCCAAGGACUUCGCAAAGCCCAAACUGAAAGUCGGGAGGAAGCUGCCGCGAGUCAAUGAGACGGACGUCACGUUUUCGUCGCAGUCUGUGCUAUUGCCCAAUCAAAUGAAAUUCAGAACAAGUCAGGAAGCAUGUAGUCAUAGAAAGCUCAACGUCCAGGAUUUGUUGAGUCAACUAAAUCACUACAGCACGUCUGUUCGUCAUGAUGCUCUGACAGGUCUUCGUGAACUCUUCCGUCUUCACCCCACAGAGAUAACCAAACACGCAGCAUCACUUCUUACGCGAAUGCCUGCUGCAAUUUGCGACUCAGACGUGGCAGUGCGGCAUGCAUUGAUGAGUGUCUUUAGAGACAUAUUUCCUCAUAUAAAUCACAUGCAAAUGACGCCAUUUUUCAAAGUAUUUGAGGUGCAUGUUACAAGCGGUUUGAGUCACAUUCACGAUGAUGUCCGUAUUGAUGCAUUGCAAAUUCUCGAUGAUUUACGUGAGAAUUAUUCGUCUCUCAUUGUAUCAAGUCUGUCUCAGAUUGUUCCUCAUCUUGUUGGACUAUUGAGACAGAAUGCUUUCAGUUUAGAGACAAGCAGAAGUCAGAGAUCAGCAGCAGGUGCUAUGUCUAAUAGACUGCAGAUAUUGAGUCGACUUCAAGCAUUUUUACAGCUUGAUCUCUGUAUGAAUCAACCAACUGUACCUUCACCUUCUCAGUCAAAAGAAAUCAUUGUUUCAUCAACCGCACCAACCUAUGUUGGACUGUAUAAAUUUGGUAAUUUGGGAGAUGUUAAGGCACGUCAAAUGUCUGUAUCGAAUGCUGGAGUACAGUUGGAUGAUGCAGCAAUUUGUCACAUUGUUGAAUCUGUUAUUCCAGUUGUACUAGAGUGGUGGGUUGAGUGUGAACCAUCUCAGUUGUUGUGUGAGUCACCUGUUCCACCUCGUAGUUUACUAUCAAUGUCACUUAUAUUAGACCUUAUACAAACCUUGUGGCAGCUUGCUACUCGUUUGGAUCAACAGUUUGGAACGUCGAGGCUUAGAACUUUUCUAUCCAAUCGAUAUGAGAAGGAUUUUGUAAAACACUUUUUGACGUACUUUCCAUUCACUGCGACUACUUUGUCAAACGGGUACAAGAGAGCUAUGGAAAAGGUAGCCAUCAGAGGUGUCAGUGCAACUUCAGUUGUUGAUAUGAAUGCAACUCUUUGCUCUAUUCUCACAACCGUGAGACGACCUGAUUCUGCGUGGAUGGGGCAAAUAAUGGACUACCUUGUGCAUGUCUUCAAUGAAUCAGUGACACACCAGAUGUCAGCCCGUGCAUUUCAAACUCUUUUAUCGACGAUUCAGUUGCUGCUAAACGAUUACAUGUCUGGCUCCGAUUCUUUGUUGGAGGAGAAGCUAGCUGAGAAUGUCUCUUUGUUGCUGUCAGGGCUGGUGUCAUUUUUUAAAUCAUGUCAUGCUCUCUCUUCCAAGAAGGAGUCUCUUCUUCACUUUCUGGUAUCUAUAUUGCUGAAGCACGAUAUAGCAGAAUGGCUCAGAGAGUCUUGGGAUGGUUUCUCUGAUUUGAUGUCUUCUUGGUUGGAUUGUUUACCACGUUAUCUCAUUGCACUUCAAACUCAAAAUAUUGAGGCAACUCACACAGUGUUAAAAGUCAUUUGUGAGUCGUCGUCUCGGGUAUUGAGACAUCAAAUGCAACAACAAAUGUCAGAAUGGCUAUGUGAAUGCAUUGAUCAAGGAAUUGUGGCCAGAUUUCCAUCUAAUAUUCAACGUAUUGUAUGUGAAUGUGUCUACUAUUGCAAUGUCAUACCAACACGUUUGCUGAAAAGCUUGGUUCAACUUUGUCAAAACAUGGAGCUACUUCAAGUUCGGUAUCUAAUUCAGAUUUUACUCUACAGGUCUCCACAAACUGAUAUUUCUUGUAACAUGUCACAUGGCAUAUCAGAUGCUGGUUUGCUAAGUUUCUGUUUUUCUCUCUUGACAGGUUGUAGUCAGGCUGAUCUCAGUGACAUUCAGAGUUUGCACAAAGACAGUGAAGAUGCUGGCAAGUACUCAAGUUUGACUCAUUUGAGGCUUUGUGAUGUACAGACUACACGAACUGUUGGUGAUUCAAUGAAAGAGGCACAAUGGCAGCGUCACGUUUCUAUCGUUGAGGCUGUCAUUGAUACGUACAAGAUUAUGAACAAUUCAACUCAACUAUGGAGUGUGUACUCGAAGUUAUUUAGAGAAACGGUGGGGUUAUCUGUUUUGCCAGUUUUUGCAGUGUAUGGUCUUCUAAAGGCAGCCACAUGUUGGAUCAGUCUGAUUGGAAACACACAUUUGGGAGAGUCAGCGACGUGUGUGAGUCACUUGGCUGUGGCAUCGUUGAUGUGGGCAGACGAGAGAAGGACGAGUGGUGAGGAGUGGCUGCGGAACAUGUCACAGGAUGUUCAAAGCGCUGCUAUAGCAAUGCUGUCUGCUAGCUAUUACGGGCUCUACAGCACUCUUUCACUUUUACAACAUGUCAUUCGAUCUGAAAGUUGCAAGUCUAGAAGCACUGAACAAUGUUGUACUGAAGAGCUCGCAGCUGGUUUGCUAAUCACAUUGUUGAGGAGUUAUUCUCUACGAGAUUGUUGCCGGUUGUGUAUUGAACACAUCAGCAAGAUCAUCAAUGGCCUUAAGAGUCGUGUAGAGAAGAAGACGUGGCAUGUGUUAGAGUAUAAUUGCUCAACCAACCUUGGACUUCAGCUGUCUGGAUGAAAUACUCAUGUAAUUCUGUUGUACAACAGAACUUUAACAUAUUUCUAUUAGACUGGAUGCACAGAGAUGCUGCCUGGUAUCACAUAUUUACGUUCAAUUGUUAUAAAAAAUUGGUUUCAUAUUUUUUGUUUGUUGACUAAUUACUUCUCUGGUGGUUUAUUUACAUAAUCUUAUUGAUUGGCAAUAAACAAAGAAUCACUUUA